UGCCUCUCCAGCCGCCCUCGCUGGGGCUCCGCGAGGUGCCCGAGGCGCGGGCCCCCGGGCCGGGCUCGCACGCCGCGCCCGCAGCCCUCUGCUGCCCGCGCUCGCCCUCUCGCCCUCUCUCCGCACGCGCGCUCCCGCUCGCGCCGGUGCCGGCGUCCGAGCCGCCCGGGAGAGCCAGCGGGGCACCUCGGAGCGGGCGGGGGCGCCGGGCCCCGCGGAGGGGCCGCGGUCGGAGCAGGAGGCCGCGGCGGGUGCCGCCGGUCCGCCCCGCGCGCCGGUCCGUGCGCCCUGGGUCGCGGAGCGCCCGCUGACGCCCGGCCGCUGAGCGCGCGCCCUCUCGGAUGCGAACGCCCGGGAGGCGGGCGCGGGACGCCGCCGCGAGGGCAGCGAGGCCCCGGGUGCCUGUUCCACCAUUCUUUGGGGAAGGUCACUCAGCAGUGCUGACCGCUUCCAGUCGAACACUCUACACAUUAUUGUCUCUGGACUCCCAGGUGACACCCUGCCGGAGGCAAGAGCUACUGAGCCGACUGGAACUGUGCCUUUUCUCUUGUCAAGGUUUUUUUCUUACACAGGAAAAAGAAAGAAAAAAAAAAGAUGAAGUUGGGCAAAGUGGAGUUCUGCCAUUUCCUGCAGCUGAUAGCUCUUUUCCUGUGUUUUUCUGGGAUGAGUCAAGCAGAACUCUCAAGAUCCAGAUCGAAGCCCUACUUCCAAUCAGGGAGGUCCCGGACCAAGCGCAGCUGGGUGUGGAAUCAGUUCUUUGUGCUGGAGGAGUACAUGGGUUCAGACCCUCUCUAUGUAGGAAAGCUUCACUCUGAUGUUGAUAAAGGAGAUGGUUCCAUCAAAUACAUCUUGUCAGGCGAAGGGGCGAGUUCCAUUUUCAUUAUUGAUGAGAAUACCGGGGAUAUUCACGCCACCAAGAGGCUGGACCGUGAGGAGCAGGCCUACUACACGCUUCGAGCCCAGGCCCUGGACAGGCUCACCAACAAGCCCGUUGAGCCGGAGUCAGAGUUCGUCAUCAAGAUUCAGGACAUCAAUGACAAUGAACCCAAAUUCCUGGACGGCCCCUAUACAGCAGGAGUUCCCGAAAUGUCUCCCGUGGGGACCUCAGUGGUACAGGUGACAGCCACAGAUGCUGAUGACCCCACCUAUGGCAACAGCGCUCGAGUGGUCUACAGUAUUCUGCAGGGACAACCCUACUUCUCAGUGGAACCAAAGACAGGAGUCAUCAAGACCGCCCUUCCAAACAUGGAUAGAGAGGCUAAAGACCAGUAUUUGCUUGUUAUUCAGGCAAAGGAUAUGGUUGGUCAAAACGGAGGACUUUCAGGAACUACGUCAGUCACCGUGACCCUAACUGACGUCAACGAUAAUCCACCUCGCUUUCCUCGAAGGUCUUACCAGUAUAACGUCCCAGAGUCAUUGCCAGUGGCUUCCGUUGUGGCCAGAAUUAAAGCUGCUGACGCAGACAUAGGAACUAACGCUGAAAUGGAGUACAAAAUUGUGGAUGGUGAUGGAUUAGGGAUUUUCAAGAUUUCUGUUGACAAAGAUACACAGGAAGGAAUCAUUACGAUACAAAAGGACCUGGAUUUUGAAGCCAAAACAAGUUACACCCUGCGGAUAGAAGCUGCAAACAAAGACGCCGACCCUCGCUUUCUAAGCUUAGGGCCCUUCAGUGACACGACUACCGUGAAGAUAAUGGUGGAAGACGUGGAUGAGCCCCCGGUGUUUUCCUCGCCCCUGUACCCCAUGGAGGUGUCGGAAGCUACCCAAGUUGGGAACAUCAUUGGCACUGUAGCAGCUCAUGACCCAGAUUCUUCCAACAGCCCUGUGAGGUAUUCAAUUGACAGAAACACAGACUUGGAGAGAUACUUCAAUAUUGACGCCAACAGCGGAGUUAUUACAACUGCCAAAUCUUUGGAUCGAGAGACAAACGCUGUUCAUAACAUCACAGUCCUUGCAAUGGAGAGCCAGAAUCCAUCGCAAGUUGGAAGAGGCUAUGUGGCCAUCAGUAUCCUUGACAUCAAUGAUAACCCUCCUGAAUUUGCCAUGGACUAUGAGACCACCGUCUGUGAAAAUGCCCAGCCUGGGCAGGUCAUCCAGAAGGUCAGUGCUAUCGAUAAAGAUGAGCCUUCCAAUGGACACCAGUUUUAUUUCAGUUUAACAACUGAUGCAGCAAAUAACCACAACUUUUCACUGAAAGAUAACAAAGACAACACGGCCUCAGUUCUCACCCGGAGGAAUGGCUUCCGGAGACAGGAACAAUCCGUUUACUAUCUGCCCAUCUUCAUCGUGGACAGUGGAUCGCCUUCGCUCAGCAGCACCAACACCCUGACCAUCCGCGUGUGCGACUGUGACGCCGACGGGAUCGCCCAGACCUGCAACGCUGAGGCCUACGUGCUGCCCGCCGGCCUCAGCACCGGGGCCCUGAUCGCCAUCCUGGCCUGCGUCCUGACUCUGCUGGAUGCAGUCUCAUUGUUAACUCGGACUAUGGAGUGGGAGCUGCUUAUUAUGCAAUGUCAGCGAGGUCUGGCCUUUUUUAGGGUCUAUGUGGUGUACUGGGAAGUACCCCGGCUCUGUGGUGGUAAAAUCUGGGUCAGAAGCCAGUUCCAGCAUAUUUUUACUGUGCCCUGAUUGCCAUUCUAAUUCUCUGAACCUUUUUAUCUUCAUGAUUAAAAUUGAGUUAAUUACUAUCCUGUCUACUUCAGAGGCUUGUGAGAUGAUUAAGUGAAAGUGCUGUGUAAACUAUAAAACUGUAAAAAAGUAAGGCUUUAUUAUGGAAAAUUAUGGAAAUUAUUCAAUAAGUUUGAUUAUAUGUAUUGUUAUCUGGCAAACACAGAUAAUUUCUGUUUUUGGAAAUACGCAUUAAGGAAAAUAACCACGCAAUUAGUAUCCUAAGUUGGGAAAGAAUAUUCAGACACAACUGGCGUAAUUACUGAAGCCAGCACUCAAAAAUAGUCAUUUUAUAAGGUCUAUAAAGGUUAGGGUCUCAUUCAAACUAAUUCAGUCAUUGAUAAAAUUAAGGAUUAUCAGCAUGGGCAAAAAUUAUAAGCAAAGAACAAUUUCUUCCCACUCACAAUGAAGACUGAAUGACGAAGGCCUUUAGCUAUUCCCUGUCUCAUUACAGUUCUCAGACAGUGGAAUAGAAGCAACUAUUAAAAUGCCAUAAUGAGUACACAUGAGGUGACCUUCGGAUGUUCAGAGGAAAUAGAGGUUCUAAGGAAUUCAGUAACUGUGAACCAUGAGUGGCAUAUGCAUAAUUAAUUAUUUAAAACACUUUUAAGAAUUGGAAUACAAUAAUAUUUCCUGAAUAUGAAAACCAUCCUGUACUCUUGUUCUGAUUAUCUGAAAGCACUUACAAUAUUCAGUAGAUUUUCUUUGCCUUUUAUUAAUGAAGAAGCCAUCAGAGAUUAAAAACUAAUAUACCCAAGACACUACUGCUUUGUCAGGGCUGGUCUGCUCAUACAAUGAGUGUUAAUAAACCUACUCAUCUCUGUUUGAAGCUCCUAUGAACAGGCAUUAUAAACAAAUACGUGAAGAGCUGUGUUACUACUGAGGUUGUUGAGAAGAUAACAUACACUCAAAAGCAGUCUCAUUUUCAUUGAAUUAAAUUAUGAUAAUGGUUUGUAUUUCUGUAAGAGGAAAAAUUGUAUGCUUUACUACCUUACUGCUUCAAGCUGUAUUUUUUUGUGAAUAUAAACACUAUGUUUUUGUACAUUAAGAUCUGGGAUAUGUAGUAUGUUGAGUAUGAUGAACACGUCAAAAAUAAUCCAACUUUUUUUAAAAAACAGACCAGAUAACUAGAUAGCAAUUGCAUUUUACCUGUAAUAGUAAUUUUAAAGGCGGAAAGGGAAAGGAAAAAUAACUCACUAUACAACUUUAUAUUAGGCUUCAAAUUGCAUAUAUAUUAUAUACUUACAGAAUUACAUCUGCUGAGCAUACACACAUGCACACAAUUUGAGACUAAAUGUUAAAAUGAAGCACACGGGUUUUAACAUUUUGUUUUUAUUUAAGAUAAUUAGGGCUAUCAAAUCCAAUCUCUACAAUUAAAUUAUGUGUACGUGCUUUUAAAAUAUUGCAAUUUUGUAAAGAUACUCUUUAUUAUAGAUUUCAGAAUUUCUCAAAAUUUAGAGAAAAGAGCAAUUCAUAUACAUAAAAUAUACAGCGUAAUUGCCA